AUGGAUUCUGUUAUGUUUAAACCAGAUAAUGAGGAAAAUUUUGAUGUUGAAAAUGAUGGUCUUACAAUUAAAGAAUUAUUUGAAGUUCAAAAUGGUUUGACAUAUAAUGAUAUAUUAAUGUUACCUAACUUUGUUAAUUUUCCCUUAAGUGAUGUUAAAUUAAAUACACAAUUUACAAGAUUAAUAAAUUUAAAAACACCUUUUAUUUCUUCACCAAUGGAUACUGUGACAGAGGCUGAAAUGGCUAUUGGAAUGGCUUUACAGGGUGGUAUUGGUAUAAUUCAUGGAAAUUUUAGUUCUCCUGAUGGACAGUUACAAGAAGUUUUGAAAGUUAAAAGAUAUAAACAAGGUUUUAUAACUGAACCACAAUGUAUUAAACCAACUGAUACAGUUCAUGAUCUUCUUAGAAUAAAAGUUAAAUAUGGAUUUACAGGAACUCCAGUAACUUCUACAGGAGAAGUUGGUGGAAAACUUCUUGGAUUGGUAACUUCUCGUGAUAUUGAUUUUCUUCCUGAAAAAGAUGCACCAAACACAUUUAUUAAAGAUAUAAUGGUACCAAUUGAAAGAUUAAUUAUAGGAUCUGAAGGUUUUAAAAUUGAAGAAGCAUAUAAAACUCUUGAAAAUGAAAAAAAAAGUAAAUUACCAAUUGUUAAUAGUAAGGGAGAGUUGACAGCUCUAAUUGCUAGAACUGAUUUAAAAAAAUCAAGAGAUUUUCCUCUUUCUUCUUAUGAUCAUAAAGGAAGAUUAAUGGUUGGGGCUGCUGUCAAUACUCGAGAAGGAUCUAUUAAUCAAAUUGAUAAAUUAGCUAAAGCUGGUGUUGAUGUUAUUAUUAUUGAUUCUUCAAAUGGUUCAUCUGUCUAUCAAGUUAAUUUAAUAAAAGAAAUUAAAAAAAAGUAUCCAAAAUGGCCACAGGUUGUUGCUGGAAAUGUUGUUACAAUGAAACAAGCUAAGAUACUUAUUGAUGCUGGAGCUGAUGCUUUACGUGUUGGUAUGGGAUCUGGAUCUAUUUGUAUAACUCAAGAAGUUUGUGCAGUUGGAAGAGCACAAGGUACAGCAGUCUAUAAUGUUGCUCGUUAUGCUAAACAACGUAAGAUUCCAAUUAUUGCAGAUGGUGGUAUACGUGAUGUUGGUUGUAUUACAAAAGCAUUAGCUCUUGGAGCAAAUACUGUUAUGAUGGGUGGUUUAUUGGCAGGUGCAACAGAAGCACCAGGAGAAUAUUUCUGGAGUCCAUCUGGUGUUAGAUUAAAAAAAUACCGUGGUAUGGGAUCAAUUGAUGCUAUGGAGGCUAAUGCUGCUGCUCAAGAUCGUUAUUAUGCCAAUGAAAAAGACAAAAUUCGUGUUGCUCAAGGUGUCUCUGCAACAAUGAGAGAUCGUGGUUCUCUUCAUACAUUCAUUCCAUUUUUGUAUAUGGGUUGCAAAGUUUCCUUGCAUAACUGUGGAGUCAAAACAAUAUAUGAUUUACAUAAAGGUGUUCAUGAAGGUACCGUUAAAUUUGAGAGAAGAACUACUAGUUCUAUGCAAGAAGGUGCUCCGCAUUCACUUUAUUCCUAUGAAAAGAAGCUAUACUAG